AUAAAGGCACUGUAAAGUUUACGAAAUGCCAAAUUUGUUUGUGUUUGAUAUAUAGCAUUGUUUAAUGGAUGUGAAUAAUUAAAUGGUUUUACAAGUCUGAAAAAAAUGUGGUGAUAUAUUUAUAAGUAAUAAUGAGCUGAAAAGACUGGUUUUAAAGCUAUGGAACAAUCCGAGAAAAUACGGCUUGACAUCAUAGAUAAAAUACGUUGCAGACAGAUGGAUAACGAUUUUUCCUCUUCGGAUUCUGAACAGGAAACGGGAUCUGGAAACUCAUUUGGAACUCCUCGUUCUGGAGCAAGUGAUAUUGGAACACCUCGGUCAUUAACCAGUGAAGAGUCGUCUGCUGUAACGUCCCCUCGUGCUAAUCUUCUUUGGGAUCAUGGAUUCGAUGUGGCAGAAGGUGAACGAAUAUCUCCAGAGGGAAGAGAUGCAGAAUGGAAACGGUUUAGAAACAAAACAGAUGACGACAAAAUAAUCGCAGAUAAACGUUUAAAAAUACAGGAAAUUGCUCAUCAGUUACAAGAAAUUAAUGAAAGAGAAGCAAAGAAAGCAGGUGAUAAACAUAAAACUGGUCAAGGUCUUCCUGACUUGAUACCGUUAGCGUCGGUGUCAAGUUCAGUAGGAUCAAGUCAGGAGACUUUAUAUGCAAUAGAUGACCUUGACAUUCCACCUCCAUUGCCCGACAGUGAUCCACCAAACAUUAACUUUGCAGACUUUCCUCCACCAUUACCUGCGACUAGUCCUCCACAGCUAAUCUUAAAAGAAAAUGUUUUAAACGAAAUGGGAGAAUCGGUUGAACUCAGAGAAUAUGAAAGUCAAAAACAUGAAGAUAGUGCCAUUGAAAGAGAUGACGUAGACAGUGACGACACAAGUGAACUUUGUAAUGAAAAUCCAUAUGGGGUCGGUAUGGCAAGUGAUGAAAGUAGCUCUGGAGCUGGGGAUCUUUCGGACCGGGAAUCGGAUGAAAGGGAAACUAAUUUUGAUGGAUUUUAUAAUGUUCAAACUCAUACAGUAUUCAAAAUGAGCGGUGAUGGUAAUCGUCCAUUAUUACCAAUGGAAAUGACAGAUGAUAUGGAAGCUGAAUUUGAUUUCAUUUUACAGUCUCUGGAUGCGGGUAGUGAGUCACAGGAAACUUACAUUGAACGGUUUGCUGGCCGCCGGGACAGAUAUGGGUUUAUAUUAUCGCCUGUAGUAGAAGCUCCAUCUCCAACACCGUCCAAUAUGUCUGGGUAUUCGGGAUACAGCGGAAUUUCUUGUUCAUCUCCAGACCCUUUCAGUGUGUUCAGAAUGUCUCCAGGCCCGAUCAGAGGAUCUAAACAAGAAAUCGAUCUUAGCAGCCUUUGUGUUAAAUCAAAUGAAUGGGACUUGGGGAAUGAGCAAACUGUUCCAAUAUAUCAAACAGUACAAGCCAAAAGAGCCCUUGUAGUACCGGAAGGAUACGGAUGGGAGAGUGGAGACGAUUUAUUAAGCCCUACAGGAAGUGUAGAAUGGGAUUGCUCUGAUAAUGGACUAAGUACUCCACCAGUUUCAACCACUUACGUGAACUUGACACAAUUUGGUACCCAUAUUACAGGAUGGAAACAACCAGACGUUGCAAUUUAUGAAGAACCUGAAAACUAUGAUUCAGAUUCUACCAUUGAAGAUGAAAAUACUUCAGAUACAGACACAACAAUAGAUGAGGACUCACCGAGAGAUAAUUUUGGAGACGCUUCAAAUGUUGUCGUUAAAGAAUGUAGUUCGCCCGAGAAAAACUUAUAUAACCUUAAUGACGAUUAUGUAGAUAAGAAUAAUACAGAUCCGGAAAAUAAUGACGAGUCAAACGAAUUCAUGCAUAAUACAGAUGAAUCAGUACAAACUUUAGAAUUAUCUGUGCUUGAGGAAGAGAUAAAUAAAGUAGAAAACGAGCUGAAAUUGCUUAAAAUGCACACCGGUAGAAACUAUAAUAUGAUUGAAAAUGAAGAGCAAGAGCUAGGUGAAAUUAAACCUGAUGUCACAGACUUGAUGAAUGAAAACGAUGUUAACGCUGAUACGGUAUCGUUGGAAAGUAGUCUUGACGACAGCUUCCGCGGCUUUAGUGCAGAGCUUGCAGAUAUAAACCAAAGUGAAGAAAAUAAAGUUGCAAGUCAAAAGUCACUUACGGAUGAAGGAAUGGUUUCAGUUAACAGUAGCCUGAAUAAGAGAUGCAGAAAUCCUAUACCAGUUCCACAAAAGCACACGCAGUCUACCAGUGAUGACGAAUCCGAUACUACCGAAAAUUAUGAAGACGCUGAAGAUGAAUACAGUGAUUCUGAUAGUGAAAAUGAUAAGGAAGACAACAAGGAAAGUGAUUUUGAAUUAUUUAAAGCUAGGCCAGUCGAAAGCAACGAAAACAGUAAAAUUGAUGACUCGAGUACUGAUGACAAGGAUGGAGUUCUUGUAACAGAGCUAUUAACACCGAGAUCUGCAAUAUUGAAAUCUGGUGGUAUGUUUCCAGAGGAUACAGAGUCGUCUUCACUUACGUCCGACGAAGAUGCACAAGAUGCAAAUAUGUCCAGUUAUGGCUCUGGAAUUAAAGUUUCCCAGUAUACGUCCGGUGAUUCUGACGACAAUGGUGUUCGAAUGCCCAAAACAGACAACAUGACAGAAGAAUACCAAAAGUCAACAACCCCACAGGAUAAUGUGGCAAAUAAGGAAGAACAAUUUAGUCAAAUAACAAUACAAAGUCCAUUAGAUUUGUCAAUUCUGGAUUCUAGAAUUGAAGCGUCAAACAGAGUCGACUUGAGAAAAUCUCCACGAAUAUUUGGGCGCUAUUACGCAGAAAUGGAUGAUGAAUUACUUGAAGAAGUUCGAUCAAAAUGUGAUUCGAUUGAAACUCCAAGAAGUGAACCUGAGCUACCAGAAAGUUUGACUGAAAAUGCGAGGAAAAGUUCGGCUUCAUAUGGUCAAGGAACGACAACCGAUCUUGAUGAAUUUGAAAAUUCUUUUCAACACGUUGAAAUUUCUAAUUCAUCAGAUGUGAAAUGUGAAAAAGAACAGUCUGGCCAACAAACAGGCAUAUAUGGUAAAUUGAAACAAACAUUGUCACAUGAUAAAUCUAUAAAUGGAGAAGAAAACGUACAAAACUUUCGUAAGGAGGCAGAGAAUGUAACAACAAAUGCUAUUUCCAAUAUGCCAUCAAAUUUUGUGGAAACACAUGAAAUUUAUCGUAGCCACACGCCUGAUCUUAAACCGGAGGAACAUUUUGAAGAUGGUUUAAAAAAGUCAAAACUAUCGUUGCAAACAAGUCAUAGAUCUGACACGUUGAAAAUCAAAAUUUCUCAUUUAACUCGAAGGGAUUCUGUUGGGUCUAAAAUAAAACAUGGCUACGUACAUGAACUAUCUGAACUAUUUGACAAAAGUGUUAUGGAACACAAAAGCGAUGUUGUCAUUAACAAGGUAAAAUGUAAACGUCGUGAUAGAACAGAAAGACCCCAAACUCCAAAGGUCUUUACACCAAAUGAAAAUAUUGUUAUAUAUGAAAACAAUGCCGCACCUCAGUCGACUGACGAAAACGACCAGCUCAAAGGAGAAAGCCUUGGUUUUGAAGUGACACCUUUACAGAGAGUUGAAUCAUUUGAACAUCUACCAGAAGUUGAAAAUGAGGACAGGAUGUCUGAAGAUGAACUCAGCGAUAUUGAAAACUUAUAUUUGUCAGUUAAUGAAGAUAGUUUUGAAGAUUCCGAUACAGGUAGUGACGCUGAAUUGAAAAUGUAUGAGAAUCAAUUGAGGAAAAGAGAAGAUAACAUUGAAGUUUAUAAUAAUGAUUCUAAAGGUGAAGCAACAAUUCUUGAAGAUGACGAAAGCGAUGAAUGCAGUGGGACGACAGAGUUUGUGCCAAAAUUAGAAACUUCAGCUGAAAUAUAUACGCUGGAACACGGCGAACAGGGCAACUUAGCAAAGAGUGGAAAGAGUGAUUUACGUAUUGCCCAUAAAGCGCUUGAUAAUGGCAGCAAAACUGUUAAAAAGGAAAAUCCGGAUGAACAAAAGGAAAUCGAAGAAAACAUUGACGGUGAUACAGACUCAAACCAAAGUGAGGAUGAAGAAUUCCAUGACAGAUACUUCCUUCCGGGCCACGUCUACCACAUUAGUGACCCAGGAAAUAACAAUAGUUAUCCGAAAAGUGAUACAAGAACUAAUGAGGACACUGACAUAAAUUCUACCAAGAAUGAAUUUGUAAGACCUCCAGAUGAAAUAAUAAUUGAAGAUGCUGUUAUUGAAGUUUCUAGCGACAGAAGAAUGUUGGAUGAACAUGAAAAUGAAGCAUCAUCAGAAAGAAAUUACGAGAAAUGUCAGAUCAGAAAUAAAGGUGAUCUUAGAGCAAAUUCAUCCGUGUCUAGAGCCAUAAUCGAGCAUACAGACGAUAGACAUGAAGGAGAUCGGGAAAAUAAACGCGAAGAUAGUGUUUCAGAAAAGUUAAAACAUGAACACAGCAAAGUUUCCAGUUCUCAACAUUCUCACAUAGAUAUGUCCGGUAUUCUAUGGAACAUACCGUGGAAAUCUCUAAAAGGGAGAAAACCAGGAGAGGUAACAGACAAAUCACAGAGAAGCAAUGAAGCACCAAGAAAUCCCUCUGGCUAUAUGUAUGAUAUAAUUUCCAGAAUAAACACAGAGCCAAAGUCGAAAACGCAAAGCCGUACACAUUUAAGUAACAGACCAGUUAUAGAACAAAACGAGAAAGAAAUUUCUUCAGAUAAUUCAGAGUUAAAGGUGCAAAUAAUAGAGAAAAACGAGAAAUCAGAAAAGCAAAAUAUGACACCGAAAUAUGAUGCACGUUUAAGCAUAAGCGAAGGGAUUAAUAAAACAGCCAUCAGUGAAAAAGGCGAAUUUGAUUUUGUAGAAAACAUUUCGGCUGAAACAUUGGCAAGAGAAGGUAAUAUGAAAAUUAUCAGUGACUGUGUGCCAAGAAAAAGACAUGUUUAUGACUAUGAUGAAGAUCCGCGGUUUAAAAUACGAUAUCCGUCUUCACUAAGCAGACGACUUUACGGUCCUUACUGUCGUCUGCGUUCAAAAAAUGAAACUGUUUAUCAAAGGGAGAUAAAUCCUCCAGGCUUGACAAGCGCGGCUGAUAACGAUAUGUCUCGCGUUUCAAAUGGUUUAAAUAUGACAGGUAGCCCGAUAUCAUCUUUACUUAUAAACAAUGAAAAUAGCCGUACAAAUAUUCAACAGGUGUCAAAAUUUUACACUGAAGAAGAAGGAGCCCCUGACAAGGAUUUAAGCCUCUCACCGGUGACCUGUGACCCUUCUUGUACUGAUUUUCCGAUUGAUAAUUCAUCAAUUCAUUCAGACGACCACAGCUCUAAUCCCAAUGAUUUUAACCAUACCUGUUACGCCGUAAAGACCCCGUUUUCAAGUUUAGCCCAGCGUGGUGGUAUCAAAUUCAACUUGAAGGCGAUUAUUGGUGGUGAAAGAAAUCAAGCGCAUCAAAAUACACCACUGAGUGAAAAUAAUUUUGUCAAUGUAAAAUUGCAGCAUGGAGGAGACGAAGCGAAAAGUGAUAAACAAGAAUGCAACUUUAAGACGAGUUCUCAUUACGGUAAUGGCAAUUACGACGUGAAAUUUACAGAAUUACCUAUGUAUUUAGAGUGUAAAAGUUUAAACAAUAAAUGCGGACAGGAGAAUAGGGGAGAAAUUAAUAACAACAAUUUGGGAGUGGACGCUAAUACAGUGGCUGUGAAAAAUGAUGACCAUUAUACAGUUCAGGGUGUACACAUUCCGUCGGAGUUAUCUGCAAAUGAAACAAAACGAGAAAAUGUGGACAUGAAUAAUGACUCUGCGUCAACUAGCCAUAAAAUAAACUGUGUUGAAACGAAUAUACCUGGGAUUAAUAGUAUCUCGGCUUCAGUGACGACACAAAACAUUAAUUCGCAUCCAAUGUCUUCAGGGGAUGUGGUCACUGAUGACAAGGCGGUAAAUAAUGAGACUAAAAAAUCGCCAGAGGACGGAGAAACGCAUAUCAGCCGAGCAUCAGUUGUGCUUCAGACCCCGGGUUUCCAACAUGUAUUGGAGGACGAGAAAGGAAAAUUAAGAAUUUGGCCGUAUUCGGAUUUUGAUAAUAGCGAUAAGUUGCCCGUGACUUUACACAGGGUGAAGAAAAGGAUUAAUUUACCGGACAUAAAGGGUAUGUCAAGCCGGUCUAGCAAUAUGACUGUAAUUCAGAGUGCCGAACAUAGUGCCGAGAUGCCAGAGAAUAGAGUUGUGCAGAAAUAUCAUUCGAGUUCGAUCCUCCCCGGGGACCGAACGGCAGGCCAGAUGAUGAAGGCCCACGGGGAGUCAGUACAGUCGGUUCUUCUGCAAGACAGCAACGGAAAUAAUGUUUCUGAAGAAGAAUUAGCAGCAGUGUUGCCGAAAAUUGCCAACAGUAUUAGUAAGAUGGAGACUUCUAAUGCUGAGGAAAUUUUACCUGGAAUUACACAAAGUAUCACGAAACUGAAAAAUGGUGGAAACUUAGUAAUUACAACUAUGACCAGAAAAUUGGAUGAGGAAGAAAAUAGUUCCUCAGGUCGGGGCUCUCCGGAACCCGAACCCGACUACCCGGUGCUAAAUGUUGACGAUCUUGAAAACAGUAAGAUUUAUUUGGUCCAAGACUCAAAAGGAGAAUUGUUCUAUGUUGAGGAUGUAACGAGUGAAACACAGGAAAGUGCCUAUUUUAGUUCUCGGAACACAUCCGAGAGCGUUAGUGACACGGGAAAUAGCCCGACAUUUGAUAGAAUAUCUAAGAUAAAUUCCGUCGGCGACAGCGGGAUUAAGCAGUCUACAGCACAAGAGAUUUUAACGGCAAUGUAUGGAGAUAGUGAUGUAAAAGAAUUGACGGAAAAUGAAGAAGAAUGGUCUGAGAGAACAUAUGAGUACGAAAUACCGCGGAGAAGAGACUCGGGAACACGGAAGGAAUAUUCUAAAGAUUCUUUCAAUACAUCAUACAUGGUCGAGGAACCCGGUGAUACACUGCCGAAAUUGAAAUCUGCAACAACAAAGGACAGGUAUGAAUCUUCAUAUCAGAUGUCAGGUGGUGCUCCAUGGGUCUACGACGGGGGUAUGUCCCAGCGAUAUUCUCAGGUGACGCAAGGGGUAUGUGCAGACGACACUAACAGUGUGUCUGCAGUGUCUGCACAGAACGUUGAUAACUCCACGGUGAAGACGAUAGAGAGAUACACAAUUGAAGGUGAGGCCAUAGAUUAUCCAGCACCUCAACCUAUGUUCAUUCCUCCAAUGGUCGUACAUUCGGACAUACCGCAAUACUCUCUCGUUAAAGUCGACGUUACACCAAAACACAAAGAUGAAGGUGUAAUGGCUAGAAUAGAAGCUCCGAAACCGGAAGAACCCAUAGAAAGGCCGAUUUACAAGACUGUAGCAACCAUCACGACCCCUGAAAAAGUGCCAUCACCAAAACCAGUCGAAAAGAAGAAAUAUAAGAUAAUCGCCUCCAAAGCAACUGAACGUCAAGAGGAGGAGCAAGAAACACAUAUGAGAUUUGAUGAAAUAGACUAUAAAUUCUCCGCAGAAAACGUCGAAUACAGAAUGAGGCCGGCGACGACGGAAACUCAGUACUUUAUAAAGAACACCUCCAACAUUCAGCCACACACUCAGUUCAGAAGUGAAAAACGUAUCGAGUUAGGGAAGAAUUCAGACCAGAAGUACAAAUCCCAGAUACAAGUCCAGGAACCAAAGCCAGAGGUGUAUGAGCAAAGCAGUUACUCUUACGACCAAAUGAAAUCAGAGCUUGAGCAGUCGGAGUCGAACAUGAGAGUCGUAAGAGGAAGUUACCUCAUUAAGAACACGUUAGAUAAUGCUGACGUUGAAUUUGAUGACAAUAUUAACAUGUUUGAUGGGAAUUUUAAUAUGUAUAAAGAUAAUCCGCUCUACAAGAGUGACGAGGAUCUGUACAAGCGGCUGGAACGGGAGAGGAUCGAAAACGCCCGGCGGCAAGAGAGGAUGCAGAGAGAUUUGAACCAGGAUAUCUCAUUCGAAACCGUCGACAGGUUCACGAAGUCAAAAACAGUUAAACGUGAGCCUGAGAAACCACGUCAAAGUUUGUAUGAGCUUUUGAUGAGUCGGCUUUCAACGAUAGAUUCCAAACAUAUCCGACAAACGAUCGACGUAAAGCACGACCAUGAAGACAUCUACGGUGACCCAAGAUUUCUUCAGGCCGAUGGCGAAUACCUUAGAAAUAUUGCGGGUACAAACAAUUUCGAAACUGUUGGUGAGAAAGUUGAUCUUAUGCUGAAAGAAGGUAAAGCUUUCAUUACGGUCAAGGUCACAGCAGAAAGAAUAACGCCUAUUGAUUUAGAAUUCAACGUCUGGCGCAAAAAUCAAGCUAUUGUGACACGAACAAUUGAGGUUGACCUUCUUGCAACGGAACGACGCAGACAACUUUAUUACAAGGUCAUGGAAGAACCAGCGACCGGGUCACGUGGUGGAUAUAGGGCGGGACCAAACGAGACUGUAUUAGACAGCAAAGAAACGCUUGAACUUUUCACAAAAAUUCUAGGGGCAGCAGACGGAGAAGGUGAUACUGAAGAUAUUGAAGUGAAAACGAGGUUAGGGAAAACCACGAAUCCCUUUUCGUCUGGAAUGGACUUGCUCUAUUAGGCAAGCGGGGAUACCCUUUUGUGAAAAUAGUGCCAGUUGCGUGCCACAAUUCUCACGUUGGAUUAACCUUGAAAAAUUUUCUGCGCUUUAAUUUCGGCGGAAAGAGUUUCUUUUAAUCAACAGGCUAACCAUUGAUAGGCAAGGACGCGAGAUGCGGACGUCUAUAUAUUCUUUUAUAAAUAUAACUUUCUGUAGUAUUUGACAGAGGGUUGCUUGAUGUGUUCAUUAGCACUAUAACAAAACUAUCUGGCUUAACCGUGAUAAACAAAAUAUUGUAUAUAGUUAAACGCGAAGGUUCUUUGCAUGUUUUAAACUGGAUCACCUGUUCUCUAAGAAAUUGUUGUUGUUUCUAUCCGCCGUUUAGAUGACACACGUCGGAUGCCCAAGUAAAGUAUGAACUAGAAGCAAACACCUACAGAAAUAGGUUGCCAAAUUCUUUGACAAUUACGUGUGCGGAUGUAUAUAGUGUUAUGUUGAUCCAGAACUUGUUAUUAUAUAAUUAUGCAGCAUGUUAAAAUUUUAUGACGUAGUGCUUAGAUUAUACGAAAAGUGCCAAAAAGUAGAUGUAGAAAGAGUAAUUAUGUAUAUUUACAUUUAUAGCAGUUAUAAUAUACAAGGGUCGCAAUAUUCAUUCUUCUUAAAGUGUACAGUAUAAAUAAUUCAUAUUUGUCGCCCAUGCAAAGUUUAAAUGUUAAAUGCAGUGCGGAUGCACAUUAGUACAUGUAUAUAGGCGUAUUUAUGACAAAGUUUGACUCAGGUAAUGUGCACGAUGUAUUUCAAUACCUAUCCUUAAAAUUACAUGAAAAUGCGUAUUCUAUAAAGAACGGUUUUAUCAUUAUUCAUAAUACAGUUGAACCUGCCUUUGUGGCCACCUCUAUUAAGCAGUCACUCGCCUUAAGCAACCAGACUGCUUACUUCCCGAAUUUAUAUUUUGUUCUUGUUUCCCCCUGUCUUAAGCAGCCACUCGACUCCAGCAGUCAUAUUGCAGUACACCCUUUACUGACUGUUUAAUACAGGUUUGACUGUAUUAUCAUAAUGCCAAGUAUAUUCUAUGCACUUGUUUCAUGUAUACGACAUGAUCAAAUGUGCAGCAGAAUUUCAAAACAAUAGCCGCUAUUGCAAAUCUAAAAACUAAGAUACAGUGACUUUUAAUCUUGGACAUCAACCUCUAACCGCUGUUCCGGAAACAAUAUUCCACCGGUAUAACGUCAAUAUUGCAAAAACUGAUAUCGGGCCAGUAUCGAAAAUAUCGGGCCAGUAUCGAAAACCACAUCGGUCCAAUAUCGGUCUGAUAUAUAAUUCAUGCUGGCUAUAGUAUGAAUGAAUACAUAAUGAAGAGAACAUGUACUGUUCAAAGUAUGUAGAUGUAAAUAUGUGCUCGGAUUGAACUUACUAUAAAAUUUGCACUAUUUUGUGAGGCAUGCCAGAGAAACAAAAUUAAUGUAUGACAAUAUUGUUCAUAUACGAGGACCAUUCAUUAGUUUUUACUUGGAGAUGAAUUCUUGUGUCAAGUCUGACAUACAUCAUAAUGUAUUAUAAUAAUAGGAAAUGUCUUCAUUUUACCUGGCGCAUGACAAAUAUAGACCGCUUUAAUAAACCGAUGCAAUGCAUUUUGCAUAUUCUCACAACAAUUUUCAAAAUAUAUGAUUAGUUCCCUAAAAGUUCAAAUGUUAAAACAUCGAUUAAAGUAAAAUCAUAUUUUCAAUAUAAAAAAUGUUAAUACUAAGAAUCUAAUCACCAGUUUUAUGAGAUUGUAGCAAUUCGUAAUGAAAACUAAUUUUGUAAGUUUAAAAUGUUAAAAGUUGUUCAACUGAUUUGUAUUAUUUUUGUAUACAAUUUGAUAUUUUGUAGCCAUAAACAUUAACAGUAUGAAUAAUACCGCUAAACCAAUGUUCAGUACUAAUAGUAAAAUUAUUUUACAUGCAUACGUCUCGAUUUGUAUUUUAAUUUCGUAAUUGUCAAUAAAUAAACAUUAGAAUAAUUUUACAAGGUCUAGACUGUAUGUCUUGCCUAAUGUGUAACUGUAUUUGACUACUGCGUUAGACAAACUGUAAAAUUUCAUUUUAAAAAUAGGUAUAAAUAAUUUGACUGUGCUUUGUUAUUCUUUUUUAACAUCAGUUUACAUUGUGUUUGUUAACGAUUUGUUAUAUAUAUAUUAAUCACUAUGGUAGAAAUGACUUUUUCGCAUGGGGUUGAUGUGGACAGAGCAAUUUUCCGCAAAUAUUUUUGUUAUGAUUUGAACCAUUGCCUCGCUGUGCCACAGCGCUAAGUAACAACUCUCUGAUUUACAUCUGGGGGAAUACCCAGGUAAAAAUACCAAAAAUUAUACACGAUUUAGAAAAAAAUAUAUCGUAAAAAUAGACAUCAAGUUAUACCACUUAUAAAAAAUACUACAUUUCAUUUAAGUUUUGCACUGUUUAAAAGUCGGUGUUUCUGCAGUCAGUUUCCAAUUACAAAACAUUAUCAGUCAUCAAGUUUGGGUUUUAUUACACAAAAAAGUUGUUUGAACAUACUUAAAUAGCAUUAAAGUGAAACUUAAUUUGUAUAUGCCACGGUUGGUUAGGUAUUAUAUAAAGCAGAAACACUUCAUCGUUAAUGGUUGUCCUUCAAAAUUAGUUAAUAUUCAAUCAUUUCUUCACACACUCAGUUAACCUUUAGCCUGCUUGUGGAAAAUGAUUCUGCCAUUGCGACCAGUGCAGGCUGAUCAUGGUCUGCACUGUUCGCUUUUCAGUCAGUGAACACCCUUUCAAAUAAUAGAAAUGCCCAAUUUGAAUGACAGACCAGUCUAUUUUAGAAAUUUAGCUGGGUAAAGGUUUCAAGAUAUGCAUAUAGUCACACCUAUCGCUCGAAAUCGCAAUGAUGAGUUAAACGUGGUUUUGAGCAACCCGUUCACUUAUUACCGCGGAGUCAAAGAAUGUCUAAUUAAUGCUAAAUGAGUCAUUUUCACGCAGUCAGAAAUGAUCUGAAGUAGGUGGGGAUGCAUUUUGUAAGCAAUAAUCAACAAGAUUCUUAUAAACAACAUCACUGGUUGUUCACACAAUAUACAUGUAUAACUGACUCGGUGUAAAUAAGUAUUAUAACAAUAAGAUGUAAUGUAAAAUGUAGGAUAUCAUUUAUUACAUGGCUGAUAAUUUUCUUUCAUAGUUAUUUGUAAAUAAGUUAUACAUAUUUUGUUGAUAUUUGUAAUGUAUACUAUUAUUAUUAUUACACCAGUUUUGUAAAUCUCUUACAUUGCUAUUGCUUUCAAUAAAAUUGUUACAUUUAAAAAGAAA